UUGGCUGGUCCUGUUGACUGGGGACCUCGGCGUUCAAGGUAUCACAAAGAACGUCUGUACACUGGAAAAACUUCCAUUCACUAUGGAAGAAUACCAAGCUAGGUUUAAGAGUAUCCUAGAAGGUGUCAACCACACCAACGUCCCUCAACCCGACCCAAACAACAAACUUGAACAAAGUUCCUUGUGUGGUCAGACUCUUGUUGACCAGUCGCAGGCCAUUGUUAGGGGCGAGGAAGCUCCAGAGAACGCUUGGCCGUGGUAUGUCUUUCUCCUGGCACAUGAUUCUGGUGAAUCUGGGGGGUGUGGGGGUUCAAUUCUCACCGAGUGGUGGAUCCUGACAGCUGGACACUGCAUGAUGUCAUGGAACUCAACUAUCAUGGUUUAUUUUGGAUUAACUAACAUAACACAGUUGGACACGACAAAACAUAUAAAAGCUGAGAAACAUUUUACACAAUUGUAUUCUAUAGAUGGGAUUCUUUACAAUGAUAUCAUGCUUCUCAAACUUGAAUCUCCAAUAACCUUCUCUGACACCAUCAGGCCAAUCUGCUUGCCGGAUGAAGACAUGAGCAAGUCUAAAAAUUGCUUUAGUAUUGGAUUUGGAGCCAUCGAUCCUAUGGGAGAAGGUUCUAAAACAUUGAAGCAAAUAAAAACCAGCCCCAUGGAUCAUAAACUUUGCAGGUUUAUCCUUCGCUAUGUUUCUCAGUUUAAACAUUUAGAGUAUUUGAUUUGUGCCGAUGAGGAGCAUGGUCAAGGGGUGUGUUCUGGUGAUUCAGGGGGCCCAAUGAUUUGUGAGGCCAAUGGUAGAUACUUUAUCGUCGGCGUGACGUCUACGGGAUACGAUUGUGGACAGAGUGAGAUACCUUCUAGCUUGGUUUCAGUGCAUGCCUGGAUAGAGUGGAUUAAAACCACAAUCAAAUCCAAUUCGUAAUGAGAUACAGAAGAAACAUUAAGCCUAAUCUUUAAACCUUCUUUGUUUACAAUUCAAUAAAAUCAUUAUAUUCUGUACUUGGAGAUUUGUAACUUUUUAUAAA